AAUCAGUAUGUUGUUUUAGUUUGUUCAAACAUGCAACAUAAGAUGCGGUUUGGGCAAUUAUUGCUUCUCGCGCUCUUUGGAGUUGCAAACGGCUACAGAGAGCAAUUUAAUACAAUUUCUUCGUCUGUUAGACAAGAAAAAAUCAACGACAAUCACCUGGACAGCCCCCGCUCGGAUGGACACGAACUAAUGGAAAACCCCUUGGACCCUAUCGCAUCUCACGACUUUUCGGACUUCCUGGAUCCUCAUGAGCUUCAAAUCGCCGGAAGAGUUGCUCGACAAGAUAAUAACAACGAUCACCUAGACACUCAUCGCUCCUCGGCUGGACACGAACUUGUGGAUAGCCCCUUGGAACCUCGUGAUUCUCACGAUUUCUUGGAUCUUUCGACUCCACAGGAACUUCAAGACGUCGGACGAGUUGCUCGACAAGAACAAACCUAUGAUGUGGACACCCCCAGCUCGGUUGAAUCUUUGGAUAUCCCCUCGGACACGUCCAACAACGCCGGAAGAGUUGCUCGACAAGUUGCUCCUUCCAAGUCGGCUGACUACCUCAACCAUACAACACUUAUCGCUCAUAUCGCUAAUGGAAUUGCUCUGCAGGCUGGCUUGAUGAAAGGAUCGAUUCCGAUCGAUGCAGCUGUCAGUGAGCUCCUCAAUUUUGGUUCGGUCAAAGUGUCGGAUAUCACUGCCUUCAAGCCUGAUCAGAUUACUGCUCUUAUCGGUAAGCUGAAAGGCGUUCCCGCAUCUCUUGUUUCAACGGACCCGAUUGUCACUUUGGAAACUCGAGCGCUGGAUUGGAACAAACUUCUGAUUGCUUCAAAAUCUAUUGGUGACGUUGCAAGUCUUCCAGGAAAAGAUGACUUCUCUACUGAGUUAGCAAAAUUUGAGAACACAUUCAACUUUGACUCGCUUUCCAAGACAGCCGACACCAUUAAUAGCACCAUAAAAUCAUGUUCAAAUCUUUUAGACAAAUCAGACACAAGCUGGGAAAGCCAUUCGGCCAUUCGUUUUAAAGACUUGCCUGGAACUCUAGAAACUCUAGGGUCUAAAGUCAAAGAGAUCAUCAAUAUGGAUGUUUCUUUUGAUAAAUUGAUGAAUGGCUUCACUGCCUUUCAACCACUCGAACGUUUGAUGCACCUUGUUGAACUCCGUCGAUCGUAUAUUAUCGUUCCGGUGUCAAAUACUCCAGAUAUCACAAGCAACCUCAAAAAAGUUGUCGAGCAAGUUGCUCUGGCGAAAGCUGCUGGCAAAUCUUCAAUGACUGUUUCAGCUCUAGCAGAUGUAGGAGGCUCAAAGCCAAAACGCGAGCAUUCUGUCGGUUUCCAGAGCGGAAUCUCUGAACUGAAGCAGCUCGUCAAAGACGUGCUUGAUCCUUGGUUUUCUAGCCUACUGAAUGUCACCAGCGCUCAGCAGAAUAAUUUAGCCGAUGGUUUACAGUCUUUGUUCAAAACUACUGAUCAAUUGAGUAGAAUGAAUGAUAAGCUGAAACCAAUAGUUUCUUCGUCUGUUCAACAAACAAUCGCCGUUUUCCAGGUCCUUGUGAAUGAAAUUUCUUUGCUUUCUUCAGACUCUGCUGAAAUGAGUAGCGUUAUGGCAGAACUUGAUAAAUGUUCUAGAACACUCCCUAUGGACGAUCAACGUGUAGUUGGUGUUGAAUUGAUGAAACACAUCAACUCACUGAAGCUCAGUCUAUCUCAAUUCGCUGAAUUCAAAACUUCGACAAUUUUGAAUAGUCUAGAGAAGGAGAUAACUUCUUUUCAGAACUCAUACAAGUUUAGCGACUUGCAAGACCCGACUGCAACGGCGACAGAAGUAAAAGCCGUCGUGGAGAGUAUUCAAAAAUCAGGUUCUCUCGAAAAGUUUAAACAGUAUCUUUUGCUUUUGCAAAAAACUUUUGCUGAUGUAGAUGGAAAUAAUCUCAAAACAGUUAUCUUGGGUGGAAUAAAAGCUAGAAUUACUAAGAUAGGAGAUUCAACGUUUGGAGACUUUAUCAAAGAAGAACUUAAGGUCCACACUUGCCUAAAGGCACAGGAGGAACAAUCAAGGAAGUUAUCUCAAGCUAUUCAAGCAACUCAAUCAUUGAGAAAAUUGGAUGAAAAGAUGCUCGAAGAAGUUGGAUCAGCAGCUUCUGCGGUGUCUUCGUUUGCUAAAGAUCUUGCCACUAUUAAAUCGAUUCCGGAAACCAUGAAGAAGGAAGCAAAGGGAGUCUCCACGGAUCUCAACGGCAUGGCAGAUGCGAAGAAGAACUCGGAUUCUGUUGGACAAUCUGUGAGCUCUCUUCAAGAUGCAAGUGAAUUGAUCGAGUUGGAAUCUGCCAUCAAGGAACUGAAAGGUUUUGGACCUGAGAUUGAUGGUUACAUCAAAGCUGUCAAAAGUCCGGAAGAUAGGAAAGCGAUCGAAACUCAAUGGGGAAACCAUCAUAGUGACAUGGCUUCUCUGGAAUCUGGAUUGAAAGCUGCUAAAGGAUUUGUUGACAAGAUUGACGUCUCGAAAGCCAAAACAAUGUCAGAUUAUGGUACUCCAUUGGCAAACUUGAAGGAUCUUCCGGAUGUCAAAAUCAAUGCAUUGGAGAAGAUAAAAGCUCUCGAUGCUCUGAUCAAAGCACUUCCACCUCCGAAACGCAAACGAGCAACCAGCGAUCCGAAGACUGUCAUGGAAGCUGCCAAAUCGACUCUGGAGAAGAUUGCAGCCUUGGAUCUCCAAUUCUCAAAUCACAAGACUCAAUACCAACAGGCUCCUGCUGCAUUCAAGGCAUUCCAUGACUUUUUGGCAAAGUUCCUGGUGACUACACAUAGCAAUAGUACAGGUGGUUCGGAUUCCGGGAUAUCUAUUACUUUGAUCAUCAUCAUCGUCGGUAGUAUUCUUGCUCUCAUUGGCGUUGCUGUCGGAAUCUAUUUCGGAGUUCGUUGGUAUGAGAAAAAGAAAGCAGCCGAGCAGAUGGAACACGAAAUUGUUGUAUGGGUAAAAGCUCAAGCAUACAAGAGUCUGGAGGCGGCAAUCAUUGUUCUGGUCGCUUCGUUGCAUGUGGUGUGGGGAACACAGACCUCGGUGUCGGUUGAGAAGUCGAAUGCGUAUUUGCCGAAGGAGAAGAAUCGAAGACCGUUGGCAACACCUUGUAAUCCGGAAACUGCCGUGGAAGUCAUGUCGGACGGGACAAGGAUUCCGAUUCAUGCGAAUUGGAUCAACACAAGUCCGGAUGUGGAUGGUAAUACGCAGAAGUUCAUUGCAACACAGGGACCACUUCCGAACACUUCGGACGACUUCUGGACGAUGGUUCAAUUCCACAAAGUUGAGACUGUUGUGAUGCUCUGUCAGUUUGUGGAGAAAGAGGAAGAGAAGUGUCAUGAGUAUUUCCCAGUCAGAACUGGGCAGAUUGUCGAUUUGGAGAGAUAUAAGCUGAAAACCGUUACUCAGGAGCAGAUUCUGGGCGAUUCGACGUCUAAGCGUACAAUUCAGGUUGAGGAUACGUCGAAAGAAUUCCCCACCCGUACAAUCACCCAUUAUCAAUAUCACUCAUGGCCGGAUCAGGGAAUUCCACAGGGUCAUGCCCAAUGCUUCGAUCUGAUGAACAUGGCGAAGGAGAGCAAGAAGCCAAUUGUCGUGCACUGUUCUGCUGGAAUCGGUAGAACCGUCUCCUUCAUUGCCACACAAUACAUUCCGAGUGCAGUAUUGGCCAACAGAACUCUGGUUUUGAAUCAGGCUGUCGCCGAACUUCGUGAUCAGCGCUGGUGUGCCAUUCAGACCGUCGAGCAGAUGUACUGGGUUCAAGUUGGAUCUGUCUACAGACUCUCCAAGGAAAAGAACAUUGACAUGAAGCACUACAAGGAACAGUUUGAAAUGCUGGAUGGUGGUCACAAAUUCUUGUAUUUGGCUCAGGAGCAGUUUAAAGAUGGAAGAAAGGAUGUUCUGAAGAAACUUGAAGCUGAUGGUGAGGUUAGAAAGGCCAAGCAGGAUGAGAAGAAAGCAACGACUGGAAUUGAUGAAGAUCUUGGUGGUGAUCGUAAGAAAGGAGGAGCCGAGUGUAUUGCUGUCGACAUGGAAUAUUGAGAAUUGACUUGAUUUUUGCCUACUAGAAGACUUGAUUAUGUCAUUGAACUUUUUUCAUGACCACCAAUGAAUUAUUUCUUGAAACUGUUGAUCAAUAGUAACCUAUAAUUAAAUAUAUACUUU